AAUUCCGUGUAGCGUUAAUUUUUAGGUUCGUCAAGCGUUCAUUUUGUACAUGUAUAUGGUAUGAUAUAUUUAUGAUCGGCAAUGAGCUACGGCACAUUCAGCAGAAUUGAGACAAUCGGCUCAGACUCAGAUGGUUCUAAUGAUAAUCAAUCCAUAACAACAGUCGAUUCACAACCAGGGUUACCAGGCAGGCGUGUAAAUUGGCAUAUAGACGAAGAAGAAUCGACUGUUCCCGGAGGUGGCUUUUUUAAUACAAUUGGAUCAAUUUGUUGCGAGCAAUAUCACAGCGCAAAACAAGCCCGGCAUGGCGGUACUUGUUGCGGUUGGUUGAAAGCUUUCUUUCUGUGUAUUACACUGCCUUUCUUUUUUUAAACCGUUCAUACGUGCACGGCCCUCGCGGCGCAAAGUUACCCAUCAUGGCAUUGUGUACUUCUAUAUCCUCAUGUCGUGGACAAUAGUCUUGAAUCUUCUGGAAGUGCGAAUAAAACACGAUUACGAAGAGCGAGUUUAUCAAGUCCUGCAAUACUCCAAUGCCACGAUUAUGGCAUUGUCUUUGAUAGCCAUGUUGUAUAUCGCGUGGGCAACUCGUGAAGAGGUAACUUGGACCAUCCAUCGAAAUAACUUAACUUUUUAUUUUCGCACGGGAUUGUACGUCUUUGGCGUAGCAAACAUGGUAUAUACGUCUUUGAAUCUAUACAAUGAUUUCAGCUGCAAGGACGGUCUCAAUAUUUUGCUAAAUAUCUCACAGUUUUUGUUCACUGCUGGUCAGAUAAUGUUCCAUAAUUAUUUCUACCAAGCGAAACUGCCCAGUCGGGGAUGGUUAAUGCAGAUAUGUCUUGCGCAUAUUCUGGGUACGAAUUUAAGUCUCUGGAUUGGAACGAUAUGUAAAGAGGUGUACACACCAGAGCCAAAGAACACUAGCGACUGCUCUCCAAUUAACAUGGGUCAUUCAGAGAAGUACUUUUAUCCCUUGUUUGUGGAGUAUCUAUUGCUUGUCGCCGGGAUGGUUUACGAACUUUGGAUAGACUUAAAAAUACCGAAAGAUAGAAUAAGAGGUGCUCGCCAUGACUGGAUUAAUAACGCGUACCAGGAGCAAUUGUCAGGAACAACCGAGGUGUCCCUUCCUGUUCGCCUGGUAUCGGAAGGAAGGCGACGCACGUUUUCACCAAGCCUUGCAUUAAGUUUAGUGCUUGGAACAGCUUUCGGUGCAAUCUUUUUCUCUUCAAUGUUGGGGGCAUAUGAUUCAUCAUGGAAAGGCAAACAACGGCAUCGUUCCUUAUACAAUAAUUUCAUUAUUGCCAACAUCUGUUUUUAUUGCACUCAACUAAUCGCUUGUUACGUCAUCAAGGUUUGCGGCCAGUCCCAGCCAGCCAACAGCAAACGAAAAUCGUUCAACGUAGACGAUUCCUUGCUGUACUUUGGUUUGGCUGGAAUUAUACUUUGGGAAGGAGUUCAUUUCUAUUACCUAUUUUUUGAAGAAGCUGAGGAGCCCAUCCACUUUGUUCAUGGCCUCCUUGGUGCAAUUCAGGAUGUCGUGCAGACGGUGAUUCUGGUCAGCGUCCGCCGACUAUUAAGUAGAGAGGAUAAAAAUGCGCAAACAAUCAGCAAUUUUUCCCUGUUUCUGCUUGCCACAAACUUUGCCUUUUGGAUUCAAAAUUCCUUCUACAUGGAACAGCAACUUCACAAUCCAGGAGAAGAUGAACACACAGAUGGUGAAAAGAAUUUGCUGUCGAAGUUGCAAGUGUUUGCUUAUAUUCUAAAUCCAAUUAUCAUAUUCUUCCGUUUCCACUCUGCUACGUGUUGCUAUCAGAUGUGGGUCAUUUUUAGUCGACCUGUCUUGAAUGAAAAUUAGCUGACAUUUGUACCUUAUAGAUUUAUAGUCAUAGAAUCAUAUAGACCUUUCAGUCGUUUCUUAUAAUGACGUGAAACUGGGAACUGAGGUGUGAUGCUACACGAAGUUUGAUUGGCUCGAUAGUUUUGUGGAGCCAAUCAAAUUUCGUGUAACAUCAGACUUUCCCCGUUUGACGUCAGAGUGAUUUUCGUUAUUUUAAAAUCUGAAUAUUGUACCUUAGUGGUGGUUACGUCACACAGUUUCUAAGGUCUAUUUGCAUACUAGGUAAACGAAGAAUUAAAUGUGACAAAUCAUUAAUUCUGUUUAUCUAUCAGCGCAAGCACGCCCUCUUGCCAUAAAACUCAGAUUUAUUACCCGGAUCACAGAUAUAAAAUGGAUAACUAUGGAUGGAUGUCUAUAAAUGUCAGAAUACGUAUGUCUCACUUCUGACUAAAACCAUAAAACGCGUAUAUAUAUAUAAAGCGAUUUGUCAUUGUGUAUCCGGCUUGCUGGGCAUAGUUUGGCAA